AUGGGCUUCGGGCCAGAGCUGUGGUGCCCGCAGGGGCACAGCGCACUGCUGCGGCUGCAGGACAGUGAGCUGCGCCUGCUGGAGCUGAUGAAGAAGUGGAUGUCUCAGCGUGCCAAGAGUGACCGGGAGUAUGCGGGGAUGCUGCACCAGAUGUUCUCCCAGCUGGAGAAGCAGGAGGGCUCCAGCCAGCUCCGUGCCAGUGACCACGGCGGACAGAUCGGGGAGUCCUGGUGGGUGCUGGCGAGCCGGACGGAGACGCUGAGCCAGAUCCUGCGGCGGCACGCGGAGGAGCUGUCGGCAGGGCCGCUGGCCAAGCUCAGCCUGCUCAUCCGCGACAAGCAGCAGCUGCGCAAGGCCUUCAGUGAGCAGUGGCACCAGCUCAGGCAGGAGUACAACCGGAUCACGCAGCAGGAGAUGGAGAAGCUGAAGGCGCAAUAUCGCAGCCUGGCACGGGACAGUGCCCAGGCCAAGCGCAAGUACCAGGAGGCCAGUAAAGACAAGGAGCGGGACAAAGCAAAGGAGAAGUACGUUCGCAGCCUCUGGAAGCUCUACGCCCUGCACAACCAGUACGUGCUGGCAGUGCAGGCAGCUGCACUCCACCACCAGCACCACUACCAGCGAGCACUGCCCAGCCUCCACCGCUCCCUCUACAGCCUCCAGCAAGAGAUGGUCCUCAUCCUGAAGGAUAUCCUGGGGGAGUACCACAGCAUCAGCAGCCUGGUGCAGGAGGACAUGCUGGCCGUGCAUCAGGAAAUCACCAGUGCCAUUCAGGCCAUCGAGCCGGGCACUGAGUACAGCAGCUUCAUCCAGAGCCACAGGUACAGCUCUGAGGUGCCACCGGCUGUGUCAUUUGAUGAGAGCUUGCUGGAGGAGACAGAGGGGCUGGCACCGGGGGAGCUGCAGCUGAACGAACUGACCAUCGAGAGCGUCCAGCACUCCCUGACAUGGAUGGAGGAGGAACUGGUGGCUGCCACGGAGGCCGUGGGCAGCAAGGAGCAGCGGGUGCAGGAGCUGCAGGCAGAGAUCCAGGGCGCGGAGCAGGGCCGGAGUCCCGGGGAGCGGGUCCACUUGCUGGGCAAGCGCCAGGGGCUGCAGGAGGUGCAGCAGCAGCUCGAGGGCUGCCUCUGCACCCAGGCCAAGCUGCAGGCACAGCGGGACCUGCUGGCUGGGAAGCUGGGGGAGCUGGGCACCGGGGAGCCCCUGCCUGCCCUUCCGCUGCAGGAGGACCGGCAGUCGGUCUCCUCCACAGAGCAGGAGAGGAGUGGAGCCACUGCACUGGAGACCCUGAAGAACCACAUCACUGGCAUCUUCAGCCCCAAGUACUCACUGCCACCUCCCGUGCCCCUGAUCCCAGAGGUGCAGAAGCCGCUGUGCCAGCAGACCUGGUACCACGGGGCCAUUCCAAGGUCAGAGGUGCAGGAGCUGCUGAGCUGCAGUGGGGAUUUCCUGGUGCGGGAGAGCCAGGGCAAGCAGGAGUAUGUGCUCAGUGUGCUGUGGGACGGACAGCCCCGGCACUUCAUCAUCCAGGCUGCCGAUAACAUGUACCGUCUGGAGGGCGAGGGCUUCCCCACCAUCCCGCUGCUUGUCGAGCACCUCCUGCAGAGCCAGCAACCUGUCACCCGGAAGAGUGGCAUCGUCCUGGCCAGGGCCGUGCCCAAGGACAAAUGGGUGCUCAACCAUGAGGAUGUGCUGCUGGGGGACCGCAUUGGCCGGGGUAACUUUGGGGAGGUGUUCAGUGGCCGCCUGAGAGCUGACAACACCCCUGUAGCGGUGAAAUCCUGCCGGGAAACCCUCCCGCCUGAGCUCAAGGCCAAGUUCCUUCAGGAAGCCAGGAUCCUCAAGCAGUACAACCACCCAAACAUCGUGCGGCUCAUCGGUGUCUGCACCCAGAAGCAGCCCAUUUACAUCGUCAUGGAGCUCGUGCAGGGGGGGGACUUUCUGAGCUUCCUGCGCAGCGAGGGAACACACCUGCGCAUCAAGGAGCUGAUCAAGAUGACGGAGAAUGCUGCAGCUGGCAUGGAGUACUUGGAGAGCAAGCACUGCAUCCACAGGGACCUGGCUGCUCGCAACUGCCUGGUGACGGAGAAGAACAUCCUGAAGAUCAGCGACUUUGGGAUGUCACGGGAGGAGGAGGAUGGCAUCUACGCCUCCACGGGUGGGAUGAAGCAGAUCCCUGUCAAGUGGACUGCCCCUGAAGCACUGAAUUAUGGCCGAUACAGUUCAGAGAGCGAUGUCUGGAGCUUUGGGAUCCUGCUGUGGGAAGCCUUCAGCCUGGGUGCCGUUCCCUAUGCCAACCUCAGCAACCAGCAGACACGAGAAGCAGUGGAGCAGGGCGUGCGGCUGGACCCCCCUGAGCAGUGUCCCGAGGAGGUGUACCGGCUGAUGCAGAGGUGCUGGGAGUAUGACCCACGCAAGCGGCCCAGCUUCAGCACCAUCCACCAAGACCUCAUCACCAUCCGCAAGCGGCACCGGUGA